AGAUACGUGGUCAUAAAAUAGAAUAGUUGAGUGUAAUCUUUCUCAUUUCGUGAUCAGUGUAGUCAAGAUAAAAAGAUGUCUUUAACAAUUUACUACGACGUUGUAUCUCAACCAAGCAGAGCCGUUUUGAUCUUUUGUAAAAUGAAUGGGAUCGCAUACACAGGGAAACAUAUACAACUGAAAAAGGGAGAUCACUUAAGUCCUGAAUACACAUCGUUCAAUCCUGCCCAGGUUGUUCCGACGAUUAAAGAUGGCGAUUUCUAUCUCGGCGAAAGUGUCGCAAUAUUGAGGUAUCUCGCUGCAAAAUACAAGGUAGCUGACCACUGGUAUCCAGCAGACCUGCAAGCCCGAGCACGAGUAGAUGCCUACCUGGCCUGGCAACACACUGGUCUUAGAGCACCUUGCCUUGAUGUGGUGAUGGAAGAGGUUUUUGCAGUAGUAUUGAUGGGAAAGCCAUGUGACCCAAAAGAAUUAAAGCGAAAGAUUGGUAAACUCACACCCAGUUUCAAGAAGUUCGAAACCAUCUUCCUUAAAGAUCAGAAGUUCGUUUGCGGUGAGCAAAUAUCAGUGGCCGAUAUUAUGGCAUUGAGCGAGAUUGUUCAAGUGCUGACUUGUCCGUCUUGCAAAGACUUCCUGAAAGACUUCCCAAAGAUAGCCGCAUGGAAAGAGCGUGUAGAAUCCAUCCUGAACCCCUACCAUCAAGAAUUGGUUGACCAGAUGCAAGCUGUCGCUAAUUCUUAGGUAAACAGUGGCUUUCUGAUAGAUAGGCCUCAGUCGACAACCUGGACAACAUUGUUAACUAAUAGUUGAGACUUAAGGAGAUGAUAGAAAGAGAAGAAUUUACUAUGAUACCGCUCAGUCCUAUUUAAACUCGGUUCACAUUUGAGUAAUUUAGACGCCUACAGAAAACUCUACAUCGACGUCUAAAUGGACCUUUCCGCUAGCCCUGCCCCUUGUUUUUUAAUGUCCCACCACAGGCCCUAUAUGACACGAACCAACAGCGUUUAGGACGAUAAGUGCACUUGCAGGACCAGCCCUGCUCGGUCAAGUUUAAAACUUGAAUGCCACUCCAGAAAGGUCCAUUACUCAGUGUGAAGCCUUCAAUGCGCGCAUGCUGAGAGGUAUCUGCGUAUGGUUACGAAAACAGAGAGAACCACUUCAAUUAAGGACAGUACCGUAUUUGAUGAAGAGGUGCAUUUUAAUUAGCAUCUUUUACAUGGCCAAAUUAACAAUUAGCCUAAAUAAUGAUUUUUUUUCCACAUUGUUUCCAUGUCGAAUUAGGGCUAUAUUGUAAUUGUAAAUUUAUAACUACUAUGUUUGUCGAAAAGGUGGAUUGAAUAGUAUACCGUAAUAGUGAAAAGCUAAUAAUUGUUUAAAGACUUCAAUACUUUUUGAUACAGGGUGUAAAUGUUUGUUCGUCGUGUGGAUCUGUCUCUCGAAAUGUCGUGGUUCAUACAGUACUUUAGCGAGUCUGUUCAGUGCGUAUAGUCUGAGAAUAAAAGAGAUAUUAUUAUGUUUGAAUAAAUCGAAAAUUUCAGAAA